AUGACAACGGACAUUGUGCAGCAUGGUCUUGCCUUUCUCAAACUAGCCCUCGUCGUUCUUUCGUCUUUGUCCUUCAGAAAAUCUUUCACGCCACCGAGAACACCACCGUUCCCCGCGGGUAGAGGAUGGACAGAACCUCAAUGGAUGACCAUAUUUCUCAUUCGAUACGUGUUUCCAGUGCUCAAGAUAGCCCUCGAAAUAGCCUCACUGAACGAAUGUCUUUUCACUCUUUGCACAAGUUUUCCCGAAAUCUCCAUCCCAUUUGGACCACAUCGUGCCAGCACUUCCUAUUGCACGCACCCACCACCGAACCCACCUUCCAAUUCCAGCACGAUCUGGUCUAUACUUUCCCUGAGUCUCGUAAUCACAGGCCAACACAUCCGAAACGCCUGCUAUCGUGCGUUCAACGGCACUUUUACGUUCGAUUUGAGAGCAGACAGUGCUAAAAGUACACCCCUCGUAACACACGGUCCAUACUCGAUCAUUCGUCAUCCGGCUUACGCAGGCUCCUGGCUCAUCGUCUUGGGCAUCGUUGGCUUUCACCUUUCCUCGGGAUCUUGGAUUUAUGAACGCUCCUCCGAGUCUUCGUACCCCCCAUUUUAUAUGUUUGUGGUCGGAUUAUGGAUUAUGAUUGUAGUCGCACAUAUGACGAUGCUUACCAUGCAUACUCGGGACGAAGACGAGUUGUUGAGGAACCAUUUCGGUGAAAAGUGGGAACAGUGGAGGAGGAUUGUGAAGUACAAGGUGGUACUGGGGGUGUAUUGA